CAUCACGCACUUCAAUACAAUCCUAAGAAGAAAACUUGCGUCAAAAAAAAAAAAAGAAGAAAAUCCCAAAACGGAAAAAAAAUAAAUUAAAUCGGGUCGAAAAUGGAUCGGUUAUCAUCGGAGAAGCUAAUACUCGUCAACCGCGAACCAAACGGAAUCGCGGUGGUGACUAUUAACCGUCCCGAUUCUCUUAACUCGUUAACUCGGGCUAUGAAUGUAGACCUGGCUCAGGCUUUCAAGAGUCUGGACCGGGACGAAUCGGUGCGGGUGAUUAUAUUGACAGGAUCGGGUCGGUCGUUUUGUUCCGGCGUUGAUCUCACGUCGGCGGAGGAUGUUUUCAAAGGUGAUGUUAAAGAUCCUGAGAGUGAUCCCGUCGUGCAAAUGGAACGAUGCCGUAAACCGAUAAUCGGAGCUAUCAAAGGAUUUGCUGUUACCGCUGGAUUUGAGAUUGCACUCGCUUGUGAUAUCUUGGUUGCUGCCAAAGGAGCCAAAUUCAUGGAUACUCAUGCUAGAUUUGGGAUAUUUCCUUCGUGGGGUUUAUCUCAGAAGCUUUCGCGCAUUAUAGGAGUAAAUAAAGCACGCGAGGUAUCUCUUACGGCCACGCCUUUGACUGCAGAGGUAGCUGAAAAGUUAGGUUUGGUGAACCAUCUUGUUGAAGACGGUGAACUGAUGAAGAAAACCAGAGAAAUUGCGGAAGCCAUUGUGAAAAACAAUCAAGACAUGGUAUUGAGGUACAAGUCGGUGAUAAAUGAUGGCAUCAAGCUGGAUCUUGGCCAUGCUCUUUCCCUUGAAAAGGAGAGGGCCCAUGAUUAUUAUAAUGGAAUGACGAAGGAGCAAUUCAAGAAAAUGCAGGAAUUCAUAGCAGGAAGAAGUUCCAAGAAACAGUCGAAACUAUAGGGUCUUUAUUUGCGCCAAUCUCUCAAACUGUAAAGAUAUAAGUUGUUUUACUUCCCAAAGUUGAUGUUUUACAAGUUAGCACUCGGAAAAAUCCGCAGAAUGUUUAUCAUAAUGAAUUAUAGACCCUGAUAAAAGUUCCUUAUUAUCAACUUAAAUGUUCUGUUCUUAGUUUCUUGUUAGUCGGUUGUGAAUUUUUAUUGGUUCGUUUGUUUUUAAUUGCUUUAACUAUAGAAUUUUUUGUUUCUGCCCUCUUAUGAGGACAAAAUAAUGAAUAACUACAUUCUUUCA